UAUUAAUUCAUAGAGAUUCUACUGUACAACUUUUUUUUUAACCAAAAAAAAACCUACAACGAACAUCACCAAACUCCAAAAAAAUAACUAGCAAACAGACUUUCAUUUUCAAAAUACUCCCGCUGAGCCUGCUACAUAGAACUGGGAGUAUAUGGGCCUAUCUUGUGAUCCAAUUGUUAUUUCUUUUGUGGGCUUUUAACAUAAUUUCCCGUUUCUUCACGAUUGGAUUCAUUUUUGUUCAAAAACUAAUUUUCAACUUUUAUAAUUGUAAAAUGAGAUUUGGUGAUUGAUCACAGCACAUCCAUAACCGCUUUAUAGAGUUUCGUUGAUGCACUGUAAAAUUUGAUUAGGGUUUGAACAUGGCGUCGGAAUCGCGAUCGACGCCGAUAUCAGCAUCAUCGCCGGCGUCGUCUUCUUCGCCGAGCGGGAAACGAACAAGAGAUCCGGAAGACGAUGAGGUCUAUCUCGAUAACCUCCGCUCCCAAAAACGUUAUCUCAGCGAGAUAAUGGCUUGCAGUUUAAACGGACUAACCGUCGGAGACUCAGUCUCCGUCAACAUGUUAGACUCUCCUUCUCGCUCUGAGACCUUUCUUUCUCCCAACAACAACCACAGGGAUGACUUGCCGUUACAGUACUCUCCCAUGUCUGAAGACUCGGAUGAAGCCAGGUUCUGCGAGGACCCAAUAACAAGCACUAGCUCAUCCCAACCCGACAGCCGCCCUACUAGUCCUGUUUCGCCUUACCGAUACCAAAGACCUCUUACUUCAACAGCCUCACACCAUUUGUCAAAUUCACAUUCAUGCCCUGCCUCCAUGAGUACUAGUGCAACUCCACAGUCUCGCCAAAGAGGAUCUGAUACGGAAGGAAGGUUUCCGUCAUCGCCUAGCGAUAUCUGCCAUUCGAGUGACUUGAGAAGGACAGCUCUUCUCAGGUCUGUUCAAAUGAGAACGCAGCCUUGUGGUAUUGCUUCAAGUUCUGGGACAAGCAAUGUUGACGGUGGUGAAGAGAGGAUGUGCUUUAAGUCUAUGGAAGAAGAUAAUAGAGGGGAAGAUGUCUCUUAUACUCAAGUCUCUGGUAAGAGCAAGUCUUGUAAAGCGUUGGACAUGAGACUAUGUGAACGAUGAUUUAAAGACUCUAUUCUCUAUCUUAAAAGACGUUUUUUUCCUUCGACAUUUCCACAUUAUAUAUGUUGUGGAUUGCAAUGAAGAACACUCCACUAAAGUUUCUAA